GUGCUCGCUGGAGGGCGGUGCAAGGGGCCGAACCGGCACGAUGUUCUUGCUGCCUCUUCCGGCUGCGGGGCGAUUUGUCGUCCGACGUCUGGGAGCGCAGCGUUUCGGGGGCCUGGGUCUCGCCGCCGCAGACAUGACCAAGGGCCUUGUAUUAGGAAUCUAUUCCAAAGAUAAAGAAGAAGAUGUGCCACAGUUUACAAGUGCAGGAGAGAAUUUUGAUAAAUCAGUAGCUGGAAAGCUGAGAGAAGUUUUGAAUGUAUCUGGACCACCUCUGAAGGCAGGCAAGACCCGAACCUUUUAUGGUCUACAUCAGGACUUCCCCAGCGUGGUGGUAGUCGGCCUUGGCAAAAAGGCAGCUGGAGUCGAUGACCAGGAAAACUGGCAUGAAGGCAAAGAAAACAUCAGAGCUGCUGUUGCAGCGGGGUGCAGGCAGGUUCAAGACCUGGAACUGUCUUCCGUGGAGGUGGAUCCCUGUGGAGACGCUCAGGCCGCUGCAGAAGGAGCAGUGCUUGGUCUCUAUGAAUAUGAUGACCUAAAGCAGAAAAAGAAGACAGUCGUGUCAGCAAAGCUCUAUGGAAGUGGGGAUCAGGAGGCCUGGCAGAAAGGAGUUCUCUUUGCUUCGGGGCAGAACUUGGCACGCCAAUUGAUGGAGACGCCAGCCAAUGAGAUGACACCAACCAGAUUUGCUGAAAUUAUUGAGAAGAAUCUCAAAGGUGCUAGUAGUAAGACAGCGGUCCAUAUCAGACCCAAGUCUUGGAUUGAGGAGCAGGAAAUGGGAUCAUUCCUAAGUGUGGCCAAAGGAUCGGAUGAGCCCCCAAUCUUCUUGGAAAUUCACUACACAGGCAGCCCCAAUGCAAAUGAACCGCCCCUGGUGUUUGUUGGGAAGGGAAUUACCUUUGACAGUGGUGGUAUCUCCAUCAAGCCUUCUGCAAAUAUGGACCUCAUGAGGGCUGACAUGGGGGGAGCUGCAACUAUAUGUUCUGCCAUUGUGUCUGCUGCAAAACUCAAUUUACCCAUUAAUAUCAUAGGUUUGGCCCCUCUUUGUGAAAAUAUGCCUAGCGGCAAGGCCAACAAGCCAGGGGAUGUUGUUAGAGCCAAGAACGGGAAGACCAUACAGGUUGAUAACACUGAUGCUGAGGGGAGGCUCAUCUUGGCCGAUGCACUCUGUUAUGCACACACCUUUAACCCAAAGGUCAUCAUCAAUGCUGCCACCUUGACAGGUGCCAUGGACAUAGCUUUGGGGUCAGGUGCGACCGGGGUCUUCACCAAUUCAUCCUGGCUCUGGAACAAACUGUUUGAGGCCAGCAUUGAGACAGGGGACCGUGUCUGGAGGAUGCCUCUCUUUGAACAUUACACAAGACAGGUUAUAGAUUGUCAACUUGCUGAUGUUAACAAUAUUGGAAAGUACAGAUCUGCAGGAGCAUGCACAGCUGCCGCGUUCCUGAAAGAGUUUGUGACUCAUCCUAAGUGGGCACAUUUGGACAUCGCAGGUGUGAUGACCAGCAAGGAUGAGGUUCCCUAUCUGCGCAAGGGCAUGACCGGGAGGCCCACGAGGACUCUCAUAGAAUUCCUACUUCGCUUCAGUCAAGACGAUGCUUAGUUCAGAUGCUCCGAAAUUUAUUCAUUCUCUCUUAAAUUGGACACUUGAGCUUCAAAAGGUUUUUAAAUGGAUGGAAAUCUUUUAAAGUAAACAUAGGCUGAUAUUUUAAAAUGUAGAACACAAUGAAAUUGGUAUGCCUUGAUUUGGUUUUUUAUUUGUGCAGAAAUUUUUAAAAGUAAAACUAAUAUCUUGCUCAGCAAGAAUUUUUAAGACAUUCUAUAUAUGAUGAUUAAUUUUUUAAACUUCCUAAUUACUUUUUAAAGUAUGUGUUUUUACUUGAGAAGCAAAAUUAUAUUUCUGAUUUGUGAUGCCAGGAACAUAAGCAAACUUAUGGUUACUGUGCAUUUGCCAGAAACAAUAAAUCCAACUUUUUGUGCUCUGCA